GACAUCCUAGGCUCUGGAAGCAGGGCCUAGGUAUAGUUUACAACUAUUGCUUUUCAAUGAAUAAGUUCCUUCUAUAGCAACAAUUUGAUAUUUGAAAUGAGUGGAAUGGUAUAAUGUUCUUGAGUCAAGUUUUGAAAUACUUGAUCGUUACAGGUAACGUUGAAGGGUCAAAUAAUCAGGACUUAUCUGUUAAUGUUGAUACAUCUGCAUCCUCCCACAAUGUACUUCAUGGAAAUACUAUCAGUGCCAUGGAUGUUGAUGCAACUGUCAACAUACCAUUUGCAUUGGUUGAUGAGAUAGCUGAGGCUUCUCCAGCACCUGAAGAUGGCUUACAACUUGGAGAUCAAAUUGUGAAAUUUGGGAAUGUGGAAUCUGGUGAUGAUUUGUUGCCAAAGCUUGCUUCUGAAGCUCUGUCCAAUCAAGACCGUGAAAUACCUGUAGUGGUUUUGAGGCAAGGUGCACUUAUCAACUUAACAGUCACACCUAGAGCGUGGCAGGGCCGUGGCUUGCUGGGAUGGUUUCUGCCCAUGAGGAGCAAGCUCAAUGGGGGAUGUUCAAACAAAUUAUGUCAUUUCGAAUCCUAUGAUCAUUUACAUGGUGCUUUGAUGAAUAGUGAUGCUUCGCAUCUGUGCGAAACUUCCAUUUUGCUUCAUUCCUUUGUGGAUUCUCAAAUCCUCUUUAGUGCUUGUGGACAUAUCUGA